CGAAACAGCUCACGACUGAAGAGAACCAACUCCACGGCCCCUUCACCUCCAAAGAAAGGCAGGACACAGCGGCCGUACGCAGAAGCCGGAAAAGAGGGCGUUCCGGACCGGAAACUAGGGGACAGCUUCCGGCUGCGCGCAGGAAGUAGCUCCUCUAGCGUGUCGCCAGCUUGUCACGCAGAGGCGGAGUAGAGUUUGUCCCCCACUCACGCACGUGGUGCCCGAGUCUCUCUUCUCGUCGCUUGCUGUGAAGAUGUCGCACCCAUCCCCGACAGCCAGGCCCUCCAACCCCAAGAACCCGCGGGUCUUCUUUGACGUGGACAUCGGCGGGGAGCGAGUUGGCAGAAUUGUUUUAGAAUUGUUUGCAGAUAUUGUUCCCAAAACUGCAGAAAAUUUUCGUGCGUUGUGUACAGGAGAAAAAGGCACUGGACCCACAACUGGGAAACCUCUCCAUUUUAAAGGAUGUCCUUUUCACCGAAUUAUUAAGAAGUUUAUGAUUCAGGGUGGAGACUUCUCAAAUCAGAAUGGGACAGGUGGAGAAAGUAUUUAUGGUGAAAAAUUUGAAGAUGAAAAUUUUCAUUAUAAGCAUGAUCGGGAGGGUUUGCUGAGCAUGGCAAAUGCAGGUCCCAAUACAAAUGGUUCUCAGUUCUUUAUCACAACAGUUCCAACUCCUCAUUUGGAUGGAAAACAUGUGGUAUUUGGUCAAGUAAUUAAAGGACUAGGUGUAGCAAGGAUGCUUGAAAAUGUCGAAGUGAAUGGUGAAAAACCUGCCAAACUGUGUGUCAUUGCAGAAUGUGGAGAAUUGAAAGAAGGGGAUGACUGGGGAAUAUUCCCCAAAGACGGCUCUGGUGACAGUCAUCCAGAUUUCCCUGAGGAUGCUGAUAUAGAUUUAAAAGAUGUAGAUAAAAUUUUAUUAAUAACUGAAGACUUAAAAAACAUUGGAAAUACUUUUUUCAAAUCUCAGAACUGGGAGAUGGCUAUUAAAAAAUAUGCAAAGGUUUUAAGAUACGUGGAUAGUUCAAAGGCUGUUAUUGAGAAAGCAGAUACAUCUAGA